CAACAUCGUCCGUCUAAAGCUUGGUAGUAUAUAAAAGCUUGGCAUCACUCCUCGUUAUUCCACUUUUGUACACAGUCAGCUCUCUCGUAGAGAUCAUAUUUGCUUCGUCGUUUUGGUAAAAGGAUUUCAAAGUGGUGUGAUUUACGGUUACGAUAUUCAUUUUUGGAUAUUUUCGAAUUUUACAUGAUAGGCAUUGUAUAUACAUUGACAUAGCUGGUUUGUAUCUUCACCUCCUCAUCAAACCGUCUUUCCCUUACAUUUUUACAGAUAUUGAAUUUUAAAGCAAUUUGGACAAAUUUUGAAUAUAUAUUCGCAUACAACAACAUCCACCUAAAGAAUCAUCAAAUAUGGCUUGGAUAUCGAGAGGUCAAUCCGGUUUCGUCCAAGAUACCCCUAAUGGACACACAUCCGCCGUCCCGGCCAUGGCCACUCAUCGCGGCUCCCUUUGGUGUCUCUGGAGUGACCCAUCAGGCGACUUGUACUAUGCCAUUGGUGACAAUGAUACCUUCCAAACCCGAGUCCGCUUUCCGGACCAAGGAAUUCCAGUUAUGGCUGAGCUUCUCGGUCGUCUUCAUGCAGUGAUCGUGAGAGCUGACGGGGAAAUUGGUCAUUAUGAAUAUAACGAUGCGGAAAAAGAUUGGGAUGUUCCUACUAUCCUUGACAAGGGGCCAGGACUGUGGACAAACACUACACCGGCGCUGAUGAGCCAUAAUAAUAAUUUGAUACUGGUAUAUAUCCAGAAUUCAUACUUGUAUUAUUCAACAUGGACAUUAGAUUCCGAGAACAAACCAAUCUGGAAAUAUCCUCAGGAAGUGAGUGGGAUUAGUAAGGUAUCUGGAAUACCUGCUUUGUUUGUGUUGAAUGGAGAUUUACAUGUGCUUUGUUCUUCCUUAGAUGAGGAUCACACAAUUCUCGGCUUCAAGUAUUCGUUGCCGGAAGAUGUAUGGAAUUCUUGUGAUGAUGUUAGUGAGGGAAAGGCUGCACAAGGUGUUUCUGCUACUUCUUAUGGUGGCAGUGCGUUUUUGGCUUUUCAGGAAAAUGGUCCCGGGGAUACUUCGCAUGUUAUUUAUAUGAGCGAGUAUAAAGAUGGGAUGUGGCAUCCUCAAGAAGCUAUUGCCGAUCAAGCUUCUUUUGAUCCUCCACAAUUGGCUGUGCUUAAUGGGAGGAUUAAUUGUAUAUUCAAUUCCAACGACGAAGACAGGAAAUUAUUGUGGUAUUCAAGAUCCUUGUUGGAUUACUCUUUGGAUUCUUGGAUGGCGGAAAUUCCUGAUGAUACUCUACUAUCAAAUAUGACCAUCCCUGGAACCCACGAUAGUAAGAUCUUCCCUCUAUUCGAUACCUAAAAAUCACACUAACAACUACUCAAACAGGCUGCGCAGAAUCCAACAUCCCUUUCGUACGCACCCAAUACCUCUCUAUAAAAUCCCAACUAAUCGCCGGUCUCCGCUUUCUCGAUCUUCGCGUCCGCGUUCACACAGAAGAUGGUCAGCUCUAUAUGUACCACGGCGGCAUCCCCAUAAACAUGCCCUUCUACCUCAAAUUUGAUUUCGUCAUGCAAGAAGUAUUUGACUUCCUCUCACAACACAGUCAAGAAACAGUCCUAAUAUCCAUCAACAACGACGACACCUCAGGCAAAGAACCCCCUUCAGUUUUCUACUCCGCGGUCGCUAAACACAUUACAUCUGCCCCUCCAUAUCCCUUCGGAGAACCCCGCUGGCUUACAUCAAAUGCACCUUCAACACUUGGUGAUGCACGCGGAAAAGCAGUAUUAUUACGUCGCUAUAAAUGUGAGGAGGAUCUAGCUCCGGAGGAGAAAAUGGGUUUAGAUCUCAGUGGAUGGUUAGAUAAUAAUCCUGAUUUCACACUCGAAACCGAAAGUGGUGUGACGAUUCAUCUACAGGACAAAUGGCAAUAUUCGCAUAGAAUUCCGCUGAAGGGAUUGGUAGAGAGUAAAUAUGAACAUGUAGUUCAUAUGUUAGAGAAAGCUAGACAUGGUGCUGAGGAUGAAUGGUUUGUUAAUUUUAUGUCGGCGGUGGGGGAUCCGGUGCAGAGGGGUGAGGUGGCUGAGAGUCAUGUAUGUUUAUUUCCGCUCUUCUAUUUCCUACCCACCACUUCCUCUUUCUUUCUUUCUUUCUUUCUCGUCAUCUUCAUCUUCAUCCUCAUCUUCACUCACCAAUUCCCAAUUCCCAAUUCCCAAUUCCCAAUUCCCAAUUCCCAAUUCCCAAUUCCCAAUUCCCAAUUCCCAAUUCCCAAUUCCCAAUUCCCAACCCCGCUAACCAAACACCAAACCCCUCCCUCAGUGGAUAGCAGUAGGCGCACACAGUAAAUUCAUCGGCACCUUUAUCCAGGGAAUGAAUCCAACUCUUCGAACGAAAUUUGAUUGGGGGAUUAAGAAACGCUAUGGGGUUAUUCCGAUGGAUUAUCCGGAGUUACCUAAGGAUUCUGAUUUGAUUGCUUUGGUUGUGGGGUGUAAUAUGUAGGUUGGGCGGGACAUGUAGGUUAUGUAUAGGAGGGCGUUGAUGGUUGGGGUAAGAGUGAUGGAGGGGUAUGUAUA